UUCCCGCCAUUUACUUAAUAAAAAAAUUAGGUGCGGCGCGUAAAAGUGCAUGCCCUGCAUACGGUAGAUAAAAUAGGAACACAGUUUCCCAACCCCAGCACAACUUCAGCGAGCAUCCGGAGGCGCGCCAAAACAGGCUACUAAAAAGUACGGAAAUCUGUCAUCGCUGCCUGCCUGCACACGUCCCCCGCCCCGCGGCGGCAGCAGCAACACCAACAAUCAGCACCACAUACAAAAUAUACAAAAUCAAACAAAAACCCACAAAACCUAAGUUAAGUGUAGUGAAAAUUAGUGAAAACGCAUCCGGGCACGAUGAGCAACGAUGGCCAAGAGCAGGAGCUGGGUGCCGAGGUGGUCAGUGGGGCCGUAGUCACCGACGACACCCUGGAGAUCACGAAAGCCAAAUACAUCAAUCUGUGCCGCGAACUCAAUAUGGACAGCCAGACGGAGGAGGACGGCUGGGCGAUGUACCUGGAUGUGAGGCAGCGCUGCGUCAUGGAGGGGGACUCCUUGAUGUGGCUCUGCUGCGCCCUCUUUGCGGCCUGCCGUCGCUCGAGCACGCCCACGGUAAUUGGACAGGAUGCCGUGGUGCGCGGCAAUUGCGUAUCCCUCAACAAUCUGCUGCGCUGCUGCCAGAUGAGCAUCUACGACUUCAAGACCAAAAUCAAGCAGUGGUGCGACAUGGCCAACCUGCCGCAGGAGUUUGUCAACGAGAUCGAGGUACUGGAUCGCAAGUUCAGCAUCACAUUCACACUGUACAAACGCUUUCGCAACAUCUUUGACAAGAUCUUCAACUGUCCGCCCAACGAGAAGCGCCACUCGAAAUACAUUUCCCUGCAUGCCAAUCAUGCCAAUGGCAAGUGCUCCUACAUCAAGCUGGAUGACAUUUGCUGGCGGCUGUUCUUGUGCGCCAAGAACCAGAAGCCGAGCACCACCGUUGACCUGGUGACGUCCUUCAACCUGAUGAUCUGCUGCCUCGAUCUGAUCUACAACAAUGUGCUGGCCGAGAGGCGCACUGAUCUCAUCAAUCCAAAAUUCGACGGCCUGCCCGGCAACUGGACGGAGGUGGACUUCAAGGCGAAUCCCCACUGCAUACUGACGUACUUCUGUGACAUGACCGAGGAGGCCAAGGCCAUGAAGGCCACCACCUUCAGGGAGAUCAUGUCCAGCUUCUUUCAGACAAUGACCAUCUAUGGCCAAAAGGACACCAUGCUGGGCCUCCUGGCCAAUGAGAACUUUGAGCGCAACCUCAAGUCGCUCAACAUCAGCUACGAGCAGUACGUGCUGAGCGUCGGCGAGUUCGACGAGCGCAUCCUGAGCGCCUACGAUGCCAGCGAUCACACCAACCUGAACGACCAGGCCCUGAGACCGCCGGUCACGCCGCUGACACGCAAACAGGAUCUGCCCGCCCAGCCGGCCAUGGCCGGCGAGAAGUUUGAGCCCGUCCUCAAUGCCACCAACAAUGUGAAGCAGCUGAGUGCCUUCGAUCGCAUCACCGAGCCCACAGACUAUGUCAAGCAAGCUGGCGACGAGGUGAUUGCCAAGCUGCUGAAAAUCAUCGAGGACAUCAAGCUGAAGUUUCUCGCCAAUUAUCCGUCGGGAGAGGCGAAGAGCCGCUUCAAGCUGGCCAAGUCCUUCUACUACUAUCUGCUGGAUCAGAUCCUGCAGGCGGAAAUCAAGAACAAGCCCGAGUUCGAUCUCAAGCGUCUGCUGGUGCAAAAGAUCUCGCUGGACAUUUUCAACAUCACGCUGAUGGCCUGCUGCGUGGAGCUGGUGCUGGAGGCCUACAAGACGGAGCUCAAGUUCCCCUGGGUGCUCGAGUGUUUCAGUAUUAGCGCCUUCGAGUUCCAGAAGAUCAUUGAGAUUGUGGUGCGUCACGGCUCGCACGAGGGCUGCCUCAACCGCUACCUGAUCAAGCAUCUCAACUCGAUCGAGGAGACCUGCCUCGAGCGGCUGGCCUGGGCGAGCAACUCCCCCGUCUGGUACAUGAUCGCCACCGCCCCCAAGCCGCUGCCCACCCACUACGAUGUGAACUGUGACCGCACCGCCGGCGCCCUGCAGAUAUUUUUGCGCAAGGUCUAUCUACUCGGCUGGCUGCGCAUCCAGAAGCUCUGCUCAGAGCUCAGUCUGGUCGACCAGGCACCCGAGCGCAUCUGGCACAUCUUCGAGCACUCGAUCACGCAGAAGACAGACCUCAUGAAGGAUCGCCAUCUCGACCAAAUUAUCAUGUGUGCAAUAUAUAUCUACAUAAGGGUAUCGAAACUGGAGGAUCCCAAAUUCAGCGACAUUAUGCGCGCCUAUCGCAAUCAACCGCAGGCGGUGAACAGCGUCUACCGCGAAGUGCUCAUCGGCCUCAAUGACGAUGGGGAGCCCAAGGUGAAGGACAUUAUCUACUUCUACAACAACAAGUAUGUGCCGCUGAUGAAGCAGUUUGCGAUCGACUACCUGAACAUGACACCGGACGUGACCGGCUGCAAGAUAAAGGCCGCCGAUCUGCUGCUCUCGCCCCAUCCGUCGGAGCGGGCCGCCCAGCCGAAGAAGGUAACCCAAAAUCACUCGCUGUAUGUGACGCAAAUGCCCAAGAACGAGAUCCAGCAGUCGCCCAAUCAGAUGGUCUACGAGUUCUAUCGCAGUCCCGCAAAGGAUCUGCAACUAAUGAACGAGAAGGUGCGCGGGGGCAAGCGCAUGCUCAGCUUUGGCGAUGACCUCGAAACGAAGCGCCUCAAUCUGCCGACACACCUCAGCCAGAUCAAGGCGGUGAUGGACGACCGGGAGAGCGAGCAGCGGGAGCCCAAGUAGAACAAGAAAAUGCGAGUCAAACGAGACAUAGACAGACACGGGGUCUCUGGGGGCAGCUUAGAUUUUAGUAUAGAAGGACGAUGGCGGCGUGCCGACGCGGGGCGAUGCGCUGGCAGUGGGACCAGAGGACCAGAGGGGGCUAUUUGGUCGAUUUUAUGAUUGUUUUUUAUUUUUUUUUAGUUUGACUUGUUAAUUUAAACACACAAAAAACCCAAAACCCAAAA